AUGAGGAUCUUUGUCUGCUACGAGGAGUCCUGGGAGUCCUUUGACGUGCCCGCAGGUCAGACAGUGGGGGCCAUUAAGAAGAUGGUGAAGGACUCCUUCCUGGUGUGUCUCCCCGAUCACCACCUGGAAGUGAGAUACGGGGGUGCAGCCCUGCAGGAUGGCUGGACUUUGGGCGACGUGGGCGUGGCAAGUGGAAACUCCAUAAAAUGCUGCGUAAAGAGCGAUGAGAAGCCAGCGAUGUUUGUGUUCAACGCCGUGACGGGGGAAACGUUCCCAGCCACAGGAAGUGCGUCUCUCCAAAAUAUGUCCGUGUCCCAACUGACAAGUGCGGUGUCGGCGCACAGCGGACUUCCUGUCAGUGUUUUUCGCCUGAGCACACCUGCCGGAGUUCAUCUUUAUGACUGCAACACGCUGCAGGACUACGCCAUCAAAGCGGGUGCAAUCCUCCGUUUGGAUGCAUGGGACGGGUGGGUGGAGUUCCUCCGAGGUUGCCUUCUUGGCCACGUCGCCACGGUCCAAGGUCAAACAUCAAAGAAGAAGCUUGUAAUGAGAUUCCAGCUGCGGGUGGCGCUCUACAUGGCAGCUUCUUUGGGCCACCUGGCGCUGGCCGGUUGGCUCCUGGAGAAGGGGGUUCCUGCUGAUCAACCAGUGGGGGUCCAUCCGUACCGCCAGUGGUGCCAGCGAACUGCCCACAGAGACACGAGACGAUGUCCCGUUCACGUCGCCGCAGAAAGCAACCGCCUCCUCAUCCUCAAGCUUUUUGUCGCCAAGGAUAUCUUCACGCUGGCUUGCCGGGACCCGGCAGGUUGUGACCCUUUGAGGAUUGCUGUGCAGCACGGCCACAGGGAGUGCGCUCGCUACUUAGCAGGGAAGCUAAGUUCAGUCGUAUCCCUGCAAAAUAUGUCCCUGCCUGUUCGUAUUUACCUGCAGAUGAAGCGUUGGCUCCGGGCAGCGCGGCAAAGGACGGCCUCAGAUCCAUGGCGGCACACCUUUACCUGCAAGGUGCUGUCGGUGGAUGGCUUCACUCCGCCAAAGAUGUCCUCCAAACCCAAGAAGCUCGAGCCCGCCUCCGAUGAGACAUUACCGCGUCUUGGUAGCAAGAUGUCAGAGAAUCCCCCGGUCCUUCUUAAAGAGAUGCGGAUUAACCCAAAGCAAAAUCAAAAAGACACAGAUGGGAGUGCAGGACUGCGGCCUUCACUCCCACCUCUAAGCUCUCCAACAUCGCCACGAGUCCGCCGUCUCUUUGCGGCCCCGUCGCACCACGGGGGGUCAACGGCCAGAGAAAAUGCGAUACACUGCUUGACAAUUGCCAGUACUUUUACAGCGAAGCCUUGGUCGAAGCAAUUGAGCAUCGCACGCACUCUUGCCAGGAAGCAGUUCCAGAGCCUGCCCUGAACCUGCAGACUGUUCCAUAUGCCAUAAAACCUGCUGACACAGUGGAUGACGAGGACGUCCUUC